AUGGGCCCCUAUACCGCCUCCUCAUGCUGCUGCCAGGCCCCUAAUCUGCCAUGGGCCCCUAUACCGCCUCCUCAUGCUGCUGCCAGGCCCCUAAUCUGCCAUGGGCCCCUAUACCGCCUCCUCAUGCUGCUGCCAAGUCCAGAGUCUCUCAUGGGUCCCUGUACGGCCUCCCAUUGCUGCUGUCUCCAUCGCCACACUCUGCCAUGUGCCACUUUCAGGUCUCCUCACACUGCUGGUGUGUUCCAUUUUUUGUCAUAGGGUGCUGGCAGAUUACGGGCCUCCCAUAGCUGCUGCCAGGCCCCUAAUCUGCCAUGGGCCCCUAUACCGCCUCCUCAUGCUGCUGCCAAGUCCAGAGUCUCAUGGGUCCCUGUACGCCUCCCAUUGCUGCUGUCUCCAUCGCCACACUGCUGCCAUGUGCCACUUUCAGGUCUCCUCACACUGCUGGUGUGUUUUCCAUUUUUUGUCAUAGGGUGCUG